CGCAUAGGGAGCCGGGAACCAGUUUGAGAGAACCGGAUGUUAUCCCCGCACAUGCGCUGUUUGCUAACAGGAUAUCAAAACAAGGGUCGUCGUUUGACGCAUCGCAAUUUAAGUUAGAGUGUCAUUCCUCCUUGAUAAGAAAGAAGACAUGGAAAGUUUCGACAUAGCCAAGGCGGGUUGGCUCCACAGACAGAGUUCGAUCCUUCACCGCUGGAAGAGGAACUGGUUUGUCCUGCGUACCAAUGGGGAUCUGUUGUACUUCGAGAACCCCGAUGAGCCCAGGGCAGAAGAGAGAAUUGUCGUACGAGCACGAGUACAAAGGAUUAAGCCAGGCUUUGAGUGUAACAGUGUGACUCCCCCAGAGGGAAUGUCCAAGGGGUGUCUGUUUGCUCUAGACAUGAGGAAUGAGGAGCUUAGACUAUGUGCUGAGAGCUCAGAUGAUAUGAAGGCAUGGCAGAUAGCUCUGGAGGAAGCCCGUGUGAUGGGACAGAGGAGCAGUUCCGUCCCACCCUCCUACCAGACAUUGGUUACAAACUCCAGCUAUGGAUACCCCGGUCAGGUCUUGUACAACGGGGUCCCUGGUCAGACCACACAUGUCAUGUACAACGGAGCCCUCGGCCAAACAGUCUACCAGCCGGGCACCGUCAUCCAGGGACCUAAUGGAACAACUACUACAGUUGUUAGCAACCCAGGACCAAAUGUGGUAUAUGUUGACGACUACCACCGCCGUCACCGCUACAAUGGAUCGGACAUGGCGAUGGGUGUGGUUGCUGGCGCCGCUCUAGGGUCCAUGAUGUACGGACCGAUGUUCUGGUGGUAAAGGUCAUGUGUGUCCAGUGUUCGGGUGGGGAAAUUGAGUUUCAGCCCGAUGUUCUGGAAGUGGACAAAAGGGUAGAAGACUUUCACUGUGUACAAAUAAGCAUUGUUAAUCUGUACUGUACAGUUCCUAGCAAAAUAUUCUUGAUCAAUACAUUUGCAGAUAAAUUUAUCAUGGGUCCUGAGUUAUCUCCCUUUGGAGACAUACUCCUGGAAAAAUGUUAAACACCUCUUUCCAUAUGUUUUCAUAUGAAAAACCUGUAAUCAUUUUCUAAGAGUCAUAUGGGAUAUUAAUUGUCUAAGUGAAAAGUUCAGGGGAAUUAAACCUUAAAAUUGUGUACGAUGUUUUGUGGCCAAGUCGUCUAAGAUGCCACAGUUUCGCUGUGCAGAGUUGUGUCCUUUGGUCACCCCAGAAACCUAUGAUUGCCUUAGAAUCUCGGUUUGCCCUGAUUAUGAUUCUAUGUUUGUAUGCCCCCACAUCCAUUCUCGUGGGUUUCUCCAAAGUCUUAAACCUCUAAGACCUGCAUCACUUUGGUCUUUCCUCCCACGUCAAUCUGACGCACUGUUAUAUAACUGGAAUAUUGUUCAAAGCAGCGUUAAUCCCAGUUCACUCACUCACUCACUCAUAAUAUGUUCGCUUGAAUCAAUUUAUCAAAAAAACAAUACAGCAGUUUAUUUUUCCUUUGGUCUUCCUGUCAUAUGGAUAUGUAUUGUGCAAACCCAGAUUUCCUGAAACAUAAUUUGAUAAUCUGGGGGGUGACCAGGGAUUUGUUUAAAAAUCAUAAUAAUCUGUUCAAGAAAAUGCUGGAAAAAGUAUACUUUUGGCUCCAGAUUUGCAACCACAAAAAAUGUUUGCCUUGUGGUUCCAAAAUCUGUUUCGCUUCUCUUUUCAGAGAAAAAAAUAGUAAUGUUUGAAACAGUGGCAAAACAAGUACUCUUUCUCUAAGUGUAUUAUUUCUGUGCUUGUUUGAUCAUGGAUCCACCGACCCUAUUUUCUAUUUAACACUUGUGUCACCGACAUGUCAAACACACAAAUCUAUUUUGAGAUUACACAGUGUUUAAAAAAUAUUAAUCUGUAAAACAUGAUGUUCAAUUUGACAUUAAUAUCUCGCCAAAUUGCUGAGUAUGCUAUUUUGCUGUAGAGAAAUUCCUUGCAUAAUAAAUCUAGUCAUAUCCCAUGACCUUGACACAGACUUUGCUGACAAUAAGGGAAGUAUUCAGCAGAUGGAGCUUAAGAUGACCUUGACACAGACUUUGCUGACAAUAAGGGAAGUAUUCAGCAGAUGGAGCUUAAGAUGAUGAUUUCAUUUGUUUUUGUUCUUUUUUCCCACCAACACAUAAUAUUUUGAGCAUCAUUCAAUGAUCCAGUAUAUUUUUUUAUUCACUCGUCCGAUUUCUGACAUUUGCACACAAAAACUCCAACAAAUAUAAAAAUAACAUCUGAGUCCCCGACCCUCCCAAAGCAUGAAAUGGUUUUCACUUGUCCGUAAUUGCUCUGUUGUUUUUUAUAUUUUAUUAUUAUUUUAUGUUUAUAAUUUGUUCAAACACUGACCCCUUUGUCAUGGUGAUCAAUGGUGAUGGUGACAUGAUCAAAUUAUUUUCUAUUUUUCUGUUUCGCACAGUUUUGCACAAUAUAUAUUUUUAAACUUAUCCUAUCUCACACUGCCAUUUCUUCUUUAUUCCUUCGAUCAUAUGUGGAAACGUGGUUGAACCUUGUUUCCAGUUUCUAAAAUAAAACACUUCCCCAAACACUCCUCGGCAUCCCUUGAAGAAGAAAUCAGAAAUGCGAAGUGUCAGAUAGGAUAAGUAUAUUAAUAUGCAAUUUAUAAUAACAUUUUCAAUUAUGCUUGCAAGUUGUUUCGUUGUCAGUGUUACUCAAACUGAACUGAUUAUUAGAACUGGAUUGACUUCCAACACUCAAUAUGUGCAAUUUUAUGAUUUCCUCCUAUUAAAUGCAUUUAUUAAUUCAAGCACCAUGUUGUAUUAUAUGAAUAAUUGACUCAGAAUGAAAUCAGAUCUUAACUCCAAUUUGAUAACUCACUCCUUCAAGAUCUGACACUCCUUCAUAACAGGUUAUUGGGCCCAAUCGUCUAAGUUGCCUCAAUUUGCUAUGUUGCAUCCCUUGGGCACGCCAGAAACCUAGGAUUGUUGGUUCGAAUCACGGGUCCCCGAUUAUGUUUCUAUGUUUCAGAGCACCAUGCCUAUGCUCGUUAACGUGGUAAAGGUGGUAAACGUCUGAUACGUCACAUCCGGCUUUCCUCCCAAAUUAAGCUGACACGAAAUUAUAUGAAUGAAAUAUUGUUCACAGAGUCAUUAAACCCAGCUCACUCACUCAAAACAGGUCAUAUCAGCUUAACACUGACUGGACUUUGCCAACCAAUUAAAACGAAAUAUGCGUACACCUUUGACCAUUUUAGGUGACCACAUUCUAGACAGCCUUCAUUGUCAAUCUGGGUAUUUGAACAAUGUUUACACAUAUCAGUGCACAUUGUUUGUUUCAAGAAAAGAAACCACAACAAGAAAACAUUAUCUCUUUUAAAGAACACAACAGAGUAAAACACCUACAGCAUGGUAGGUAUUAUUCUUUUCCAUUCAGAACUGUCUGUUUACAUCUGUUUCCGAAUGUUUCGCUUGAUCAUGCCAAAAAUGUACAUAACCUGACUCAGGAGGGUGUGUCAGACUUUGAUACAAAGAGGUACCAAAUUGGGGGAAAAUAAUCUGAUUUUAUUAAUAAUGACAUCAACACUAACUUAGUCAGUUAUUUAUGCAUAAUCUUCACAGCACCAUGUUGUCUCAUGAUCAAAGCUUUUUGAUCUUACCAUUUACAUGAAAGAAAUGUCUGUGCCUUUGAAGAUAACAACAGUAUUCCACUCUUUAUUAUCAUUUUAACAGACAUUUUACAAUAUUCUUUCACAAUGAUGUAAACCAAUGUUGUUUUAUAUAUCAUAGCAUAUACAGUAAUUAUUGCUUAGUCAGUGUGUAGCAUGUCAUAAUGUUUGUACUGAAGUACAGCUGAUGAAAAAGUGAAAAAUCUUCAAAAACAAUAUGCUACUUUAAUAUUAUUCUCCCAGAGAAAGUUCUGGAAUAACAGCACAUAGCAUGGAUUUCAUGUUUAGCCUUAAAGUGUGCUUCUGGUCAUUUCCUGCUUUUGUUUUAUCUGUAUGUAAAUCAUACAUCUCCGCCUUAUUCUGAUUGACUAAGAAUAUAACAUCAGACUCAUAGGAAUAGGGGAAGGUGUCUUAGCCGCCACCCACUCCUAAAACACUUUUUAUUUUUAGAUAUUUUUUUUGAAUAUUUUGCCUGCCCACUCUCUUUCUGGUUGUGGUUUGAGAUGAGAAAAAUAUGGAUGGCCUAUUGUAAGUUAAGUGUUUGACUAUGCAUUUUAAUGUACAUGUGAAAGAAAUUCUUGGGCAAGAAAAUACCAUUAUAUUUUGAUUGUAAUUGAGGUAGCAUGCAUACCUAAUGAAUGUUUCACACAAUGACAUUCCUUCCGUCUAGAGCCUGUACACAUCUAUUGUUCAUUACCCUUAUGUUAAAUGUUAAGAAAUACUAUUUCAUUUUGAAUGUAAUCAAGAAGCAUGCAUACAUAAUAAAUUGUUUGGGGUUUAAAGUGUGAUUGUGUUCUCAUGUUGGUAUAAGUCCAUGUAAGCUCAUCAUUGCAAUUAUUUCAUAAACAUAUAGAUAUUCUGUGAUUAUGAAUCGUUGCUGACUGAACGAUAAUAAAAUGUGAUGUUAAA